AGGCUGGUAUGAAAAUAUUCCUACCAUGUUCAGUCGUUGGAUUAUUGAUGACUUUAAUUGCAUAUAAGAAUUUCAUUCCUGUCCAUGAUGAUGGUACAUAUCAACAAAAACCAUUUCAAUACAUAAAACAGAUCAAGAAUACAGACUCAGCACUAGUUAAGUUUAAACCAAAAGAGAGUACACACCCAGCCUUAGGAGCUUUUGAAUCAAAAGGAGACAUUUUCUACAUAAAAACUAAAGAGAUUACAGAUUCAGCCUUAGGAGAUUUUAAACCAAAAGAAGAUUACAACUGCAUACGAACUAUUGAACAAUACCGAACUUUCGAUGGUACUUUCUUCAUUCCACCUGACCAUAUUUUGACAACAUUAUCCAAAAAAGUUAUUGAUUGUCUAUAUCAAAGAAUAACAACAACAAUACAUUUUUUUUGCGCUAAACGAAGUCGACAUGGAUCAAUAAAGAACGGGUGGAAUAUUUGUACAGAUGGAUGUUAUAAACCAAACAGUAAAACAGUUGUCCAUGUGCUGAGCAAAGUAAACGAUUAUGAAAAUGUCCAAAGUAUCAACAUGACUUAUAAGAUCAACGUUCAAAGACACAAACCAAGAAAAAAGACUGGAACUGAUGAAAUAUAUCUUUCAAAAAAGGAAAAUAACAUUAAUAAUGAUCAGCCCACAAAACUUGAUGCAUGGAGCUAUGCAGUGAAAGAGGAAUCGAAUGGUCAGGGUAUCCUUAUAAUUGAUGUGGGCAACCUCACUGAGAGAAUAGUUGAUCACGUGAUAAAAAGUGGAAUGCUUGAUGAAAUACAACAGCUAUCUAUUCGGAUUAGUUAUGGAGAUCCUUUGUCUGGAAUCGAAUACUUGGCAGCACUGAAACACUUGAGAAAGCUGUUUGAAGCAGGGUUUAGAAUAUACUGGUCCAGACAAGAAUGGUCUGGUAUUCUUCGGGAAAACAAGAACAGAACAAGUUGUGUCUAUCUAGAUAUGGUUUACAAUGUAUGUAGAGGUUUGCUAGAGUCAACUGGUCCUAUAAAGGAGUACAGUAUAAAACAAAAUUCGGCAGAUGUAGGACACUUACGAAUCCCAGAGGACAAGGAGCUUUCGAAAUUAAACGCAAAAGAGCGGUAUGCGCUAUAUUUAAGAUAUUUGACGUCGACACAGAUCCAUUGUAAAGAAGUGAUAAGGUUAGGUCAUAUAACCGAUGGUGGAUGGAACUUUUGCCAUGAUAAACCGUACAGACCGUCCUUUCCAUGUUUUGCUUAUUCAUUUGGAAUAAAAUGGGACUUUAGUUUUGAUGAUGCCGUGGUAGAAACAUACGGAUGUGACGUUCACUCUUUUGAUCCCAGUAUGAACCAGGCAGAUUUUAGACGUGGAAACCAUAUAUGGUUUCAUAACCUUGGCAUAAGCAAUACAACCUCGAGAAAAGGAAAAUGGAAUGUUUCUUCCUUAAAAGAUAUAUCAAAACAUUUGAACCAUACUUCUCGGAGAGUCGAUAUUCUGAAAAUUGAUGUAGAGAAGAUGGAAUGGGAAUCCUUUCCUAAUAUGAUACAAACUGGUGCUCUAAGAAAUACCUGGCAAUUGUUAGUAGAAUUCCAUGGAAGAGCAACAUCAUUUCAACAAUUAAGAACACUUAGAGCAAUAUACAACGAAGGAUUUAGAAUCUUUUGGUACCAUAGAAAUCCAUCAAAAAACAACUUAGUACAAGGCACAUUUGUCCAGCAUACCUCAUGUUAUGAAGUGUAUUUUGUUCGAGUCUGAUUUGUACGCAAACAUGAUUUAAAAUUUGUAUCUUAAAUGUGACAGAUUUGUAAGCAAACAUGAUAUAAAAUAUGUAUCUUAAAUGUGACAAUUGAAUGCUAGCACUUGAGUGAUAGAUGUUUUUACAUUGGUGUUGAUUGAGAAUUUUGUUAUAGUCGAAAUAUUUUGACGUUUGUGUGUGUGUUUUGGUUUUUUCUGAGGCGGCUGUCCUGGCGUGGAAGUUUCGCCCUACUUAUUACAUAAAAAAAUAAAAACUCA